AUGGCACAUAGGACAAACAUGUUUGGCUCAUUGCCUCAGUCUUUACUCUCCACCAUUGUUUCUUUGAUACCGUUCAAAGAAGCAGUAAGAACCUCAAUCCUCUCCACGAGUUGGAUAGACAUUUUUAAGUCUACUUCCAAUGUAGAAUUUGAUGAAGUGUCUUUUGUGAAAGAUGACCAAACAUAUCGUAUCAGGCAAUCCCAAAGAAAAGCUUUUUUGGAGUUCAUCUCUCUUUGGAUUACGAAUCACACAAAAACUAUCGUCAAUAAGUUCUCUUUGAGAUUAUCAACACCUGGAAAAGCUAAGAGGGUCGUGAGAAACUGCAUUGUCUUUGCCACAAAAUAUGGGGUGAAGGACUUGGAGUUACAUUUUUGUGAUCCAAAGUUGGAUUGUUAUUUCACUGCUAAUUAUAUCAACCAUGAGGCCUUGUUCGAAUUUCUAGCACAUGUUUAUGGCCACACUUGCCUCGAAUCCUUGAAGUUGUUUUCAUGCAACUUUGUUGAGGCUAAGUUGAUUAACUUUCAUGCACUCAAAGAAAUUUCUUUGGGUUGGAUGGAAGUGAAACUGACUACUAUUAAGACUUUGUUGUCAAAUUGUGAGGCGCUAGAGAGUUUAAGUCUCAAGAGGUGUUGGAAUUCAGAUGAUUUUGAUCUAGGGGAGGAGAAUCUUAGGUUGAGAAAGUUGGUGGUGGACAGAUGCAUGUUUAGAUCUAAUGGUCGUUAUUUUAUAGUCAAUGCUCCAAACUUAAGAUAUUUCUAUUACUCCGGGUUAAAUAAUAACUUUCUAGUCAUGGAUGUGCGUUCUCUUGUUAUGGAAGAAGAAAUUCUUGACUUCUGCAUUGAGUUUGAAGGAAAUGCUCUUUUUCUUUACAAACUAGUGGAAGAUGUCUCCGGUGUUAGUGCUUUGACUGUGUGCAAUUCCUUCCUUCAAGAUUAUGAGCUACCAGAGAAUUUUAACUCGAAGAGGUUUUGGACUGAUCAUACAAAGGCUUAUAAAUGCAUGAUAUAUACUCUUAGAGAGGUAGAGAUCAGGGGCUUUAAAGGAUUAGUGGAUGAGAUUUACAUGCUUACCUAUUUCAUUACUAGUGGAAAAGUCUUGAGAAAGAUCGAUGACUAUCAACAUAAUAGAGGAUGA